AUAGCAACAACAUCAUUACAAAUGUUUCACUUUUUUUAUAAUCUUCUGCAGUCUUUUAAUUAGCAACGAAUCGCUUUCCUAACGCAAUGUUUCAAUCAUUGCAGUUAACGAUUUUUACCAUUAUACUCCUGGGAGUAGUAUUAUUGGUAAGUGCACAAAAUGAUGGUCGCUACAAACCACCACCUACAAAACCAAGAAACGUUAAUGAAGGUCGUUAUCGUCCAGCCGGUGAUGGCAAAUAUCGACCCAGUAAUGACGGACGUUAUCGUGGAGGUAAUGAUGGCAAAUACGUGCACGUAGAUGUAAAAUAUGUACAUGAUGCCCGAGAUGGUGGACAAUAUUCUGGCGAUAGCUCUAAAUAUCAACCUGAUAAAAAUCGCGGUGGCCCAGGUGGUGGAGCAGGAAGUGGUGCUGGAAGUAAUGCCAAUUCUCUUCAAGGUCAGGGAGCAGGAAAUCUAGGUGGUGGUAAUUCUAAUGGAGCAAAAUCAGGUUCAGGUGGCUCCAAUGCUGGAAAGUCUGGAUCAGGUAACUCUAAUGCUGGAAAAUCAGGCUUAGGUAAUGCUCUAAAUGCUGCAGCUUUAGCUAAACCCUCAGCGAAGGGCAAAGGCACAGGAGAAGGUGGUAAUGGUUGGGCCAUAAUACGCUUAGAGGAUAAAGUAGAACAAGAUGGUUAUCAUUAUCUCUACGAAACUGAAAACGGAAUAUUAGCUGAAGAAGCUGGUAAAGUAGAAAAACUACAAACCGAUGAUGGUCUCCGCUCAAAAGGUUUUUACGAAUACACCGGCGAUGAUGGUCUUCUAUAUCGUGUAGAUUAUGUUGCCGAUGACAAUGGUUUUGUACCUCAAGGUGAACAUAUUCCAACAGCACCACCAUAUGUGGCUAAACUAUUGGCCUAUUUGGAGGCCAAUGCUAACAAAAAACGAAAAUAAAUUUGUAUUUAAUGUUUAAUAUUUUAAGAAAAUGAAGUAUUUAAUAUUUGUACAAUUCACAAAUGCAGUCAUACGACAUUGAUUGCAAAUUGGACAAAUUCUUUUAAAUUAAGAAUCUUUUUCUUCUAUUAUGUGGAUUUUUUAAUAAAGUGUAUACGGAGAUAUAUAAAAAACGAAAUGUUUCAAAUG